GUGGGUGUAGCAACAAGCGCGAGGUACACUACCUGUAGGGUUUCCAAGGACACUAGAAGUGAUAAUCUAAUGGGUCUGUUGUUUGCAUUGUUGCUGCUUCCUGUUGUUUCCGCUCAUCCUCAGUGUCUCAACUUCUUUCCGCCGUUUGUUCCUCAACAGGCUCUCUCUUACUGUCAUUCUCACUCUUCACUUGGUUGCUGCUCUGCAGCAGAUGAUCAGCAGGUGGCUGAUGACGUCACACAAUGGUUGGUGGGCAUCACACUUUCUGAUGAUGCAGCAAAAACGUGCAGCUCUCACGUGAAAGAGCUUGUGUGCUCUCAGUGUUCUCAGUGGUCUCAACAUUUGUACGAUCGUAUGGAAUUGAAUGUUUCAAGAUCUUCGAUUCUUCAUCGAUUCCCGGCCAUGUGCCCUCUCUUCUGUCAACAAUUAUUCACCAAUUGUUCUCUAUAUCUUCAUCAACUGUUGCAACAUGAUUUCCCUCAAAACAUCACAGAUUUUUGUGAUAACAUUCAGAGAGCCAGCGAUGAAUCAUAUUGCUAUCCUUUCACAUAUGAUGCAUCUCGACAGUCGAUUUCUGCUGAUGUCAAUGAAUCGUGUGUGUGUCUAAAACCUGUUGUCAGUGACUUGAGAAAUCCAUUAGCUGCCGUGUAUCCAGGAGAUGGAACGAACCGACUGUUCAUAGUUGAGCAAAUUGGAGUCAUUCGUAUUAUCAAGGAUCAACAGCUGCUAAUGCAACCAUUCUUGGACAUCACAAGAAAUGUUGUUAGUCUUUUCUAUCGUGCAGACGAACGUGGCCUAUUGGGAAUGGCAUUUCAUCCACAAUACAAGACAAAUGGACGGUUUUUUGUAUAUUACUCUAUCUAUUUUGCCUCAGAGCGAGGUUUCUUUGGACGUCAUAUCAGUCGUGUGUCAGAGUUCUGUGUGUCGAAAAACGAUACGAACGUCGCCGAUAAAAUGAGUGAACGAGUGGUGAUGCAGAUAGAGCAGCCGAGAUUCAAUCACAAUGGAGGACAGCUGCUGUUUGGAGACGAUGGAUUUCUGUACAUUUUUCUAGGAGAUGGAGGAGCAGCAGGCGACCCGUUUGGAAGCAUUGGAAAUGGACAAAACAGGAGCACGUUGCUUGGAUCAGUCUUGCGUAUUGAUGUUGAUGAGUAUAACAGCACACACGGAUAUUCGGUGCCUUCGUGUAAUCCUUUUGUUGGGAUUUUGAAUGUGAGGCCGGAGAUCUAUAGUUAUGGAGUUAGGAAUCCGUGGAGAUGCUCGUUUGAUCGAGGAGAUUCAACAAAUGGUUCAGGUCGAGGCCGACUUUUUUGUGGUGACGUCGGUCAAAACAAGUUUGAAGAGAUUGACAUCAUAGAAAAAGGACGCAACUAUGGCUGGAGAGGCAAAGAAGGCUUUGAGUGUUACCAAGCAGAUCAAUGCCACAACAUGGAAAAGGAGGAGUUGCCCAUAUUUGCUUAUAAUCAUUCAGUUGGCAAGUCUGUGACGGGUGGCUACGUUUAUCGAGGAUGCCAGUUUCCGUUGCUUCACGAGAAGUAUAUCUUCGGAGACUAUGAGUCAGGACGUCUGUUUGCAUUGAGCGAGAAUCGUAUGAGUGGAAAGUGGGAGAAUGAGGAGUUGUGUGUGGGUGAUGAGUCGAUAUGUCAUGGUGAAGGAGUGUUGGGGAGAGAGUCGGUUGUGCGAGGGAUUCUCUCGUUUGGAGAAGACGAAGAUGGAGAGAUGUAUAUGUUGGCAGUUCAUCAAGCCUUUCCUACAUUGCCAUUAGGAACAGUUUAUCAAAUUAUAGAUCCAUACAGGUGUGUGUCCAUUCAUAUCACAAUCAACAGAUCAAAGCAACAGAAAGACGGUUCCUCAACAAUAACCGGCUACAUCAACGGCGUCUUCUCGGGCCAUCCCACAACACAACCAAAACAGGAACUUCAACUACUUGAAACAGCAGACAGAAUCUCAUGCCAAUGUCGACGUCUCAUCCCUACCCGACAUUACCUCAUAAUGGGCCAUUACAACACAAACAAUCAACCCAUAAUCAACACAGACAGCCUUGUGAGCACAUGGAAACCUGUGUGGAUACAGAAACUCAAGAAAGCAGCUAACAGACGAUGCGAACACGCAAUCACAUGA